CAACAAGAGUGAAGCGCGUUGGAACAAAAAUCACUGGAAUUCCCGAGGAAAAUAGGAAAAAUUAUACCUUUUCGGUCGUCGUCAACAAUCAAGCAAACAACGACACAGAACAAUUGACUUGCUUCUAUCUCUGUCGGAAGGAGUGACAUUUUAAAGAUCUUGCUGAAUUCCUAAGUUAUCCAAUCUUGAUAAGCUCACAGAAGUCCGUUUAGCCGAGUGUGAUGAAUCCUGGAUUAUGAAAUAUCUAUAUAUUCUUUCUCAGAAACUCUUAUUGCCUUAUAAUUUGAUACUUCAGAUAUAAAGAGGUCGUUGAUCUAAUUUAUUGUAAUACAACAAUCUACUAAUACAACAAAAUGCCGGGAAAUACUUCUAGGAAUACCAAGAAAUCUACAGGAAAACGUCAUCAAAUAAAAGCUCGCCCCAAACGCCGAUAUUUACCCAUCAACUUGGCCCGUAAAUUCCAAAGAGAACGUCGCAUUCGUAAUGGUGGCAUUGGCGUUAAUCGAAGAAAAAAUAGAAGCAAAUUAGAAAGACGUUCAAAAGAUUUUGAAACUUCGGAACUGGAUGCAUUGAUACAUGCUAGUGAAAUGCAGUUAAAAGAGAUUCUGGAACAGGACGACGUUUUGUCCGAUAUUCCAUUUGAUGUCAUACCAGUGGAGCUUGAAGGAGAGAUUGCACUGGCCCAAGGCGGCGGAACUAUUAUAUACAUUGAACGGGAUGGAUUGUCGACGCUCAAAGUUGUGUUGCCACAAGAUCAACCGACUAUUGCACAGUUAAAGAAAGCUAUUGCUGCACAAGCAAACAUUCAACUAAAAAGAGAGUUAAGAGAGCGACAUGAAGAGCGCAUACGAAGAAGAACACAAAAUGUGCUCCAACACGCAACCGGGAGCAACAGCACCUCCUCUCCAUACCCCGGUGGGUCUCAAUUGUGGGGAAAAGACGACAACAACUACACACCAGCCCACACUGAGAGCAGCGAUAACAACAAAGAGAAAUGUCAAGAGCAAGACAACGUUACAAGAAAAACAACUCGAGAAACAAUGGCAGAGCUGAAGUCCAAACCGUCCAUUCGCUUGACUGGCGAAUUAGUUUGUUCUGCGGCACACAACGGUCAUCAACAUAGGCCGUGCGUUAGCUGGCGUUACCUAUGGCGAGCAUACGCUUUAUUCGAUCCCGCCAACAAAACAUUGAUAAAUGACGAAAACGGUCGCAAGUUGUUAAGUGAGUGUGGCAUCGAGAAUGCACAGACUCUAAGGUUUACCAAACGUGAAAAGUAUUUGGGCAAAAAGAGGCAAUAAAAAAAGCAGGCUGACCACCACCAUAUGGUUAUUGGGUCAGCAGCAAGUGUUUGAAGAAAAAUAAUUAAGUGUUGAUAUUGAAAUUAUCGCAAAAAGAGAAAUAAAAAAUAAAGCAUUCGAAUUAAAAAGCUAUUAUAAUUUACCAAAUGAUUUUAAAAGGAAUCCAACCACAACCAUCAAAGUCCAAGAAACAUUCCAUGUGCCAAUUAAUUGCAAUCAAGACCAGAGUUAAAAAAAGAAAA